AGCGUGAUCACGGCACACGUUGCUGACGGCUGCUCUCCUUGGUGUCUUGUUGCUACAGUAUUAACUGUAUAAUCAGUUUAUUGUUGUUGUAAUUAUUAGUAAAUCUAUAAUAAAGUUACCAUGAAACUGUAUCUUGUCCUGCUAGCGUUGGCCAUGGUUUUAUUGCGCGAGACACCACGAUGCUCGGCAGCCGUUGCCGCAUCCGGUAAAGCGGCCACAUCAUCCAGCGAUGAGGAAGUGGAGGACGACGACACCGAACAGUCAGCAGCGCCGGCGCCCGCCCCAGCCCCGGCCCCCUCCGCCGGCAAGAAGCCCAGCGCGGACGGCGGCGACGACGAUGACAGCGGCGGCUAUGGACCGGUAAAGAAGACCCCGGCGCCCACCACGACCACCACUACAACGACAACCACCACGACGACGACCACCACCAAGAAGCCCUCCACGCCCAAGAAGCAGCGCCCGCCCGGCUACGAUCUCAUCAACACCGAGGUCACCGAAAGCACCUUUAAGCUGACGCGGCCGCCGGCUAAACGCGGCCGGACCGUCUUUGACAGGAGAUAAAGGCCACACUGGUGCAUUAGUAUUACUGUAUCGUACCGUGCUAUCAUUUGCCGUUAGACAGUUUUACAUGGCAUAAGAACUUUGACCGUCGUAAAGAAUUGAAUUCGCCU